GGUGAUUCUGAGAGGUCCUGUACUCGCUGGAGAAACCGACGAUGCGAACGGCGCGAGAUUAACCAUCGGGAGAGAGGUCGAAGAAGAUUAGAGGUCCACUCUUAUCUUCCUAUUUUUCUUUCCUCCCCCCGACGGGUCGGUUCUUCCCUAUCGACGUAGCGUCCCGACAAAUGCGAACGGCAGGCCGUCCCGGAGAUACCGUUCGACAAAUGUGAUUCAGACGCAGGGACUGGUUGAUCCGGCAGAAAGGGGGAAAAAAAUAGAGGAUGGAGAAGGACAACGCGAGACAUUACAGGGCUUACGAGGGCUUCAAGCCCGCGAAUAAUGGCAAUACAUCGUCCUUGAAGAGGUCUACGUCGGACCGCUCGAAGACUCACGCAUCGAGACAAGUGAGAUGCCUCUGCUUCGGGGGAGUGCCGGACAAGGCCAGCCAGCACUCCUUCCUCAAGGGGUUUAUUAUAAACCUCGGUAUAUGCGCCCUUCUAGUGGGCUAUACUUUACUGGGCAGCUUCAUCUUCCUCGCCAUCGAAGGCGGCAGCGACGUUGGGAUACAACAAAGGACCCUGGCCACCACAAUAGCGGGGAAUCAGCCUACCAGACGGAACGCGACCGCUUGGCUCAAGCAGGUUAAUUACGAGGCUCGAGCGAAGACCGUCGAGAAUAUAUGGAUAAUCACGGAGAGUUUGAACAUCCUUUACCGUGAGAAUUGGACGCGACUGGCUGCCCAGGAAAUCGCACGUUUCCAGGAUCAACUGGUAAAGAGAAUCACCGAGGACAUGAUGGCGACCCAGAACGUCGAGACCUACGUCGGAAGUUCCGCCAGCGAUCCCGUCACUGAACGACGUGUACCGGAAUACGAGUGGAACUUCGCCAAAGCAUUCUUGUACUCUCUCACAGUGCUGACUACGAUCGGUUGUGGCAGCAUAGCUCCAAAAUCUACGUGGGGCAAGAUCGCGACCAUGGGUUAUGCCAGCUUUGGAAUACCGUUGACCCUAGUCUACUUGUCGAGCGCCGGAGGGCUCUUAUCCAGAUGCGCCAGAGGUGUCUUUACGCGAGCUCUUUGUUGCUGUCUCUGUUCAAACUGCGGCUAUUGUUGCUACGACGAACGCCGUAUGGAGGAGAAGGAGAGACGCAUGAGGAAGAAACGGCAACAGGAGGAACUGGUGCAGCAGCAGCAACAAUUGCAGUUGCAGGAGCCCUUUUACGUCCGCGCGAACGCGUCAACGUUCACGAGCACAGUGGAAAUUAAAGCCAGCCCGAAGGACGAAGUGUCGAGUCUUGGAUCCGGUGACAGGCCCAACGUUACUAUACUCGCACCAAUCAGCAUUUGUCUCGGCGCAAUGCUCUGCUACAUCGUGGCAGGCGCUUUUACUCUGCACAAGUUAGACGGCUGGUCCUUUGUGGAUGCAAGCUACUUCUGCUUCAUGAGCCUGAGCACGAUUGGGUUCGGCGAUAUGGUACCCGGUUCCUACCCCCGUCAAAGCCUUUACGAGUCAAAGAACGUAACCAUUUGGUUCUGCUCCUGCUACAUAAUGUCCGGAAUGGCGCUCACGGCGAUGUGCUUCAACAUCCUCCACGACGAGAUCGUUCACAGGCUGAGCCAUCAAGCCGAGAAGCAAGAGACUGUGAAAGCCAGCCCGAGCGUGGACGAACUGUCGACGGAUCCUUUUGCGUUGACCUCGUGA